AUGUUAGAUCCACACUCGACAAAAUGCACAGGGAAUGUGACGUGGAUGAAGGACGGUAAAAUAAUUGACGGAAGCAGCAACAUAGAUAAGUUCACAUUCAACCCUAAAUGUCUCUAUAUUCACAACCUGACAGAAGAGGACUCGGGGAUGUACCAGGCAGUUGCAACAUUUAGAUCAGAACGCUUUACUGUAAUUGACAUUUAUACGAAAGAAAUUAAAAAUGACGAGGAAGAAAAGUUGUGGUUUCACACAAUAAUCCUUCUCAGCAAGAACACUUCGCUGUCACUGGUUGAUAAAACAGAACUAGAGUUACUGGGUAUGGAAACGAAAAAAUAUCUUUUCGAAAACUCUACGUUCUCCAACAAUCUGAUAGACGAACCAGCAGCGGCAACAUCAUUAUGGAGUAGUAUAGUCUUGGAAGAGAAAAUGUUGAAGUUUGCCAACUACUUUCCUCAAGGAUCAUUGACACAAAGCACUGAUAAGGAUGGGGCUGAAAGGAAAACUGAGAUGGCACUUUCUAAGAAAAGAGUUAGAGACAUAGAAGAUCCAUUCCAUCAACCAACAUCGUCUGUGUUUGACAGUGUGUUGUACUAUUGCUUCAUCAAAAAAGCGGCACCAAAAAUGGUUUUAGAGGAAUUUUUUCGAUCCUUUAGAUACGUUCGAGAAGAAAACGAAGAAUGUAUUUGCCUUUCGCUAGAUUUUACCAAAAAAUUGAUAGAAAGAUUGGAUACAGAUAUAUUACUCCAUAAAACUAUCAGCGAUACGAGCGUCCAUUCUAUUAUCAGUGAGCAAUUACGUGUUCCAGAAGAAGUUUUGAAGUGGGAUUAUGAUGCAAGGGAAAGGUUUGUACGAAAGAUUGGAAAAGACGCAGUAAAGAUCUACAGAUCACGACUAAUGAUCGUAGGAUGUGAGGGCGCAGGAAAAACAACUCUUCUGAAAAGGCUCCUCAAUCGAGAUAUGGUUGAAUUUCCUAAGACUGAAUCAACAGUUGGACUAGAUAUUCAUGAGAGUAUAUUCAAAAUUUCUGACAAAACGAACAAAAUGAUCGCACUCAGUGCAGAUUAUCACUGCGAAAAGGAAAAAACCUUGAGUAUUACAGACUUUGCUGGACAAAGCGCAUAUUAUGCAUGUCACCAGGUUUAUCUAUCAAGGAGAGCGUUGUAUAUUCUUGUCAUUGACUUGUCAAGAAAUCCAAAUGAUUCUGUAUCAUCUGAGCAGAAUAUUUGCAGAGAAACAUUAUUUGACAACUGGACGUGUAGAGAUUACAACAAAUUCUGGAUGGAAUCCAUCAGUACAUAUUGUGACACAGCGAGUCUAGUAAUCUUAGUCGGUACCCACAAGGAUGUUAUCAAUGAGCACACGGAGAAGAAGAAAGAUCGGUUCGGCAGUUUUCUUUCACAACUACCAGACGUCAGUCAAUUACAACAACAUCUCCAUAGAAAGAACUACUUUGAAUUAGGAAAACCGGGGGAAAGCAGGAAUGAAAUUGAAAGAUUGGAGAAGUGUAUUGUCGACCUGAUACAGAAACAAUCAACCUGGGGAGAAAUAGUUCCAAAACUAUGGGAAAAAUUUGAUCAGGAAUUACAAAGCUUAAAGAGUAAACGAUUGAUAACUUUUUCGGAUUUAAUCAAAUCCAGCGAUUGUGAAAUUCCAUCACAAAAGGAGGACAUCUUGGACAUGCUACGAUUCUUUCAUGAUUGUGGCAAAAUUCUAUUUUUCAACGAAAAACAUCUCUCUGAACUGAUUAUACUCGAUGUCCAAUGGUUUGUUAAUGUAUUUAAGGAAAUUGUGACUGAUGAGAAUCACCGGACACGUGUUCAAUCAAAAGAAUGGACCGCUUUUAAUGAAACAGGGAUGCUGGACUAUGAACACCUUCUAACAAUCUGGAAAGAGCUAGGGUUAGAUGAGAUGAUAAAGUAUAAAGACCAGGUGUUAUUUUAUAUGCAGCGGCUUGGUCUUAUCGCUGUAGGGAAAGGAAAGCUCUAUGUUCCAAGUGUGAACAAACAUGAACUGUCAGAUAAAGAUUAUGAACGGAUUGAACAGACAAAUCACACCAGUAUUUUGAAAUUCAGAUUUCCAAACUUCUUACCCCAUUUCUUUUUCUAUAGGCUUGUCGUUGCAAGUUUGGAUGAAUGGAAAGCACAGAUAGACGGUAAACUUCCACUGCUUUUCAAAAACGCUGCCUUCCUGAAGUACAAGGACAACUACCAUCGAAUAGUCUUGGGUGUAAGCAGUACACAAAUUCACCUUCAGAUAUAUACUUGCAACUCAAAACCAUUGCAUGAAGAUGUAAUUUUAAAGAUUCGCUGUGAGAUUGAAACACGUUUGAAACAACUAACUCAAACGUUUCAUAAGCCGGUUGAAUAUUUUCCCGGAUUUACAUGCAAAUCAACCAACGUAACGGAGGAACGCGAUGAUGCUGUUUUCAUUCGUGAGUCAGAGGCAGUAGAUAUUUACUUAGCCGAUCCUUCUGAAUUGUUCUCAUCAUGUCCAAAACAUAACAGAAAUAACCAUAAUAUAUGCUGGAAACAAAUGCUCAAAUACUGGAGAAAGCAAAGAUAUAAACAAAUUAAAUGGAAUAAGGAGGACAUCGAUGUUGAAAAAGGCGAAUCAUCUGUGAAAUUCAUUAACUCAGAUUGA